UAGCAACAAUGUUUGUCCCUAAAAUCCUCUUGCUCUUGGGCUUUGCCCUUUUCGUCUCAGCCGGAACCGACCUUGAUACCGGCUACGAAAUUUUGAGAUGCGCCAACAAAGCAAUGAGGGCAGGAGUACCUGAAUUGGGAGUUCCACCACAUGAUCCCUUCGUCGCCUUUAAAAAGAACAUCUCAUGGACCGGAGACAUCGGUGUUGCUAGCACCUCAAUUGACGUAGACACAUUGAGAUGGUAUGGUCUUGCUGACUGGGAUAUCUCUGCCAAACAAAUCAGUAAUGAUUCUGAUAAUGAAGCUGUCUUUGACUACACCACAUACUGGCCCGUUUUCACAAUCAGCGGCAACUACAAAGCAACUGUUAAAGAACUGUUCCUUACACAACAUUACAAAGGAAGCUUCAAAGUUGUCAUGGAGAAACCAAAAUGGACUGGAAGAAUCACAGCUGGUAAAAUUCAACCAAACGCUACUGUAGAUAGCUUCACCGUUUCAUGGCACGUAGCUGAUGUUGAUGUUUCCAUUUCUGGAUUGGGUCUCAUUGGAGAUGCUACAGCUCUCGCCAUUCAAGAAGGUAUUGAAACUGCCCUCAAUGCCGAUCUCCUCGGAAAUGUCGUAGGAGACUUCCUUAAAAUGAGAUUCAACACCGUCUGGUACCCCACUGGCAAACUUUGGGUUCUCAUGGACUGGUGCAAAGCCAACAGCGGAACCAGCGCAGCACCAUCUUUUUAA